AAGAAAAAAUUGCCAAGAAGGCAACGUAUUCUCGAGAACAGAACGAAAAGGGAAAUAAGGGGCAAGAACGGAAUCAAGCUAAAGCGGCUGCAAGCAUAAGAAAGACUAAGUCUAUGGAGGUUCUGCCCAGGCGAGUGCAUCAUGCUGGUUCUGGGUACUUGGAUGAGAAAGAGCUGGAGAAAAAGAAACAAGAGGCCCAUAAGGUCUUUGUGAAGGAGAAGAUAAAGUUCUCUGCCUUUUUGAACGAAAUCACAAGGCAGGUGCUUAGCCCAUCAAGACUUACUUCCCUUGGGGUAACAGAUGUUCAAAGACCCUCCAGCCCUGGGCAGACUUCAACGUCUUCAAAGGCAUUGUCCCCAAAGCCUGAACAUAAAAGUGAAAAGAAGUCAAAAAUUUCUAGAAGCCGACCGGGAAGCAGUGCUAGCUCCAUAACUUCAACCGCUCAUUCCCAUGCUAGCAAACGCUCACACUCCAGUAAACACUCCCAUUCCAAACGUCACUCACAUUCAAGCAAGACCUCCCGCUCCAACAAGCAUCCUUAUUCUGAAAGGGACCUCAUCAAUCAACAACAGCAUCAGGCUGUCCCCAGGCGUCAUCACGACAGUACAAGGAGUGAUACAAGCAAUACUAGCUCUUCCUCAAAAUGUCUUUCAUCUGGGACUGAACGUGGUCACAAAGGUCAGAAGCAGCACCGAAUUGCCACCAAAGAGAAACAUUUCAAUCGAAAUUCACACCACAAAUCAUCUCCGACACACCACCAUUGCAAUGAAGAUUAUCAUAGCCCACCUUCACGUGCUUGUUCUCCAGAAUCAGAAAACCGCCAUCGUCAUUCCCACCAAGAAUCGCAUCACCAUCAUUCCCAUCAAAAAUCUCAUCACCGUCAUUCCCAUCAAGAACCUCAUCACCGUCAUGCCCAUCCAGAAUCUCAUCACCAUCAUUCACCAUCGCCAUCUCAUCGACAUGGAACUCAUCAUAGCCCAUCACCACACCAUCAUUCUCCUUCAGAUUCCCAUCAUCAUUCACCUUCUCCAUCACAAUACCGUCAUGGAGCUCACCGCAGCUCAACACGUUCUUCUAAGUCAGGGACUCACCGUCAUCGUUCCCAUUCAGAAGCUCAUCCUUCUCACAAAGAAUCACACCAUCAACAUUCACCUUCACCGCCACAUCACAACCAAGGAAGUCACACCACCCCAGUUUCAGAACCUUCCCACCGUCAUUCCCGUUCAAAGUCUCACCACUAUCAUUCGCCUCCUCCUCCUCUCCACCACCACGGAGAGCAUGGUAGUACAUCUAAUCUUUCUACAGACUCAGAAACUCACUACCAGUCUGAUGUGAAAUUGCAACAUCAUCAUUCUGACCAUGAGUCCUCUUAUCCCAAAUCUCACCAUCACCAUCAUCAUUCCCGUCACAGUCACUCAUCCAACACCAUCCAACACCAUCACACUUCUGAUUCACACAGUGAAACUCGCCAACUCUCUCACUCUCAUAAUGCAUCCCCUACACCAGAACACCAUUAUCAUUCUUCUCAUACUGACUCUCACCAUAGUCCUCAUCAACAUCACCAUCAUGUAUCUGACAGUUAUCCAAAAGGCCCUGCUCACUCUAAUUCAGCCCAUCAUUACGAAAAUCAUCAUAACACACAUUCAGAAUCCCAGGAUCCUAAAGGACACCUUUCCCGUUUAGAACUCCACCUCCACAGUGAUCAUGAUCCUCCAGAAACUCGCCCAAACCAUUUCCCCUCAGGAAGUCAUGAAACCCCCCCUGUUGAACCUGAUCAUUACCAUCACCACAAAUCUCAAGAAUCCCACCAUUAUUCCCAUCACCAUUCCAAUCCAGAGUCUAACCAUCCUCAACAUCAUGAGCAUUCAGAAUCUCAUCAUCGUUCCCAACCAGAAUCCCACCAUCAUCAUUCUCAAGAUCACCAUCAUUACCCUGACAACCCAGAAUCGCAGAAUCAGCAUUCCAAUACAGAACAUCACCACUUUCAUUCGGAAUCGAACCACUAUCAUUCCCACUUCAAAGAGGAUCAUCACAAUGAUGAUCACACGAGUCAUCUUCGCCACUCUCCAGUUGGCCAGCGGUCUACUUCUCCUCAUUCUAACAAGUCAAAUUCAUCCGCGAGCUCCACUAUCCAGGACGACCAAUCCACAGUGAGCUACCAUGAGUCGUCCUCAUUCCUAAAAGAAAAGGACUCAGAAUUGGAGAGAUUAACGAGGUUACAGGAGCAGAAUGAGGUUCUCCACCACAACUUGCUGCAGACCACUGUGCGAAUGGAAUGCAUGGGAUCUGAAUUCAAAACUGGCCACCAGCUCAUUGAAUCUGAGUUACAAAGAACUCGCAUAGAGCUAAACAGCUUAUUGGAGCGAUUCACAAGACUUCAGGAAAACUACUCUAGCACACAACAAACCAACCACCUUCUGGAGAAAAAACUGCAUUGUGUGGCACAGAAUAUGGAUGGAGAGCGUGAGCGACUGAACCAGCGAAUCUCUGAGCUCUCAGAUCAACUGUCUACAGCAAAAACGACCAUCCAAAGUCUAGAGACCAUUAAUGUGACAUCAAUGCUACAGGAUGCCCUGGUGAAACAUUUGAAGUCUGACGAUCCCAUUACUCCACUUCCAGUCGCGCCACCUCCAGCUCAGUUCAUGGAUAGUGACCGUUACGACAAAGUCUCAAUGCAUGGCGACGACCAAUCGCUGGGAACACUCCCAGAGGAGGAGGAAUCUGAUUGGUCCGAAAUGGGAGAGGAGGCACAGAUCUGCGUCUUGAGGGGUUCGCAGGGAAAUCGUGAAAACGCGUCGUAUUACCAAUGGCAGCAGAGCCAAGGCUGUUGGGAGGGGAUGAACCAAUAUUCAAAGGGAAACGUGGAUACGGAGAGCGAUUCUGGGGGCGAGGAGAGCAAGUGUCAUCAACCUCCUCACGGCCUACAGAUACCACAUCUCAAGUUCACCGUUCACCCCGAAACCUUACCGAUUCCUGUGGCUGAUGUUAGCCUGGCCUGCUUCAAUCAGGGUCCUGAUGAUCCAGAUUGCGAUGGCUACCGCAUCACAGAUGUACGUAAUCUGGGCUCUCCCAUUCGGGUACUCUCGGCUAGUCUGGAAGAGAUCCACUCCAUAGGGAUUCUGAAGCAGCAAGAGCAGCAGCAGGAUCAUCAUAAAUCCAUGAUGGACCUCCACCAAUCGCAAGUUUGCACCAGGCAAGUGUUGUACGAGGAUGAGAUUGAAUGUGAUUGGAGAGAAGCGAACAGCCAUGGUGCUGGAGAGCAUUUAAAUGGGAUGGUUGGUCUGGAGUCAGCUCAAAAAAUGCUCAACCACUAUAUUCAUGAUGGAGAGAGUACACACUUGUGAUUAACGGGACAUUUUAAAAUGGUGAAUAUUAAUGAUGCAUUUAUUAUUAUAGUAUGUAUGUUGCCAAAGUGACUUUGUCACACCUAUUUUGGUAACGCUUCCUUUUACAGUACAGUACAGUACUUACAGUGUACUUACCUAGA